UCGACCGGUUUUUUGCAUGAAAGGCAUACUACAAAACAUAUUCUCUCUCUCUCUCUCAUUCAUAUUACCCGAAAAAAACCCAGAUAUUUACACGAACACAACAAAAGGUCAAUCGAGAGAAUCAAGAUUAGGGUUUAACGUUCUUAUUUCCAGUUUCUUCAAUCUCGAAGAAAAAAUUUAUGUUAGGGUUUUGGUUGGGAUGUCACAGGUUCGGGAGCGGAGAAGCUCGUCGGUGAUAAUGGUGUUCUUGAUUUCUACUCUAUUGAUACACAUUUGGGUCCUCCCCGAGAACGCCGGCUUGGCAGCCGCAAUUAGGGUUUUCCCAGAAGUUCCGGCGAGUAACCAACAGGGCCUUAUGAAGAAGUACUUCGCCGGAAAAGUUUCUCCGGCGGGUCGGGUCGUCGGACUCGGAAACGGCUUCCAAGACAACAAAAGAACGGUACCCAGUUGUCCGGAUCCUCUACACAACUAGUAGAAUCAGUCUUUAUCGUGAUUUUUUUUUCUUUUCUGUAUCUCUAUCCAUAAUCAUCAUCAUCAUCCUUCUUCUUCUUCUUCGUCUUAAUUAUCCAUCGAACUACUGUAUUUAUGCCCAAAAUACCCACGUUUUUCUCAUCUUUGUAAGGGGAAAACGAGGGUAUUUUGGAGAUUCCAGUGUGGGAAGAAUACUAUGUUUCAUGAACAAAAUCAGACUGAUGAUAGGUUUUCUACU